AGCAUGCAAACACAAGUUACACAAUAUAAAGCCUUCGUUACUGCACUUUGUUGCCAAUUAUUGUAGCUCACCAAACUACCCAUUGUCCAACGCUUCGUCGAACACCAUGCCCGCCUCCGCCGCCGCCGCCACACGCCCUGCCGCAGAGGGCGUCGGCGGCAACGACGGCGCCACCCUGGCCGGCCGCGACCACGUCGUCGUCUUCCCGCUCAUGUCCAAAGGCCACAUGAUCCCGCUCCUCCACUUCGCCGCGGCGCUCGCGGUGCACCACGGCGACCACCUCCGCGUCACGCUCGUCACCACCCCGGCCAACCUCGCCUUCGCGCGCCGCCGCCUGCCGCCGUCGCCGUCGGUGCGCGUCGUCGCCAUCCCGUUCCCGGCGCACCCGCAGAUCCCGCCCGGCGUCGAGUCCACCGACGCGCUCCCGUCGCAGUCCCUCUUCCCGGCGUUCCUCCGCGCCACGGCGCUGCUCCGGGAGCCCUUCGCCGAGUUCCUCGCGUCCCUCCCGUCGCCGCCGCCGCUCGUGCUCGUCUCUGACUUCUUCCUCGGGUUCACGCAGCGAGUCGCGGACGACGCCGGCGUCCGCCGCCUCACGUUCAACGGCAUGUCGCCCUUCUCCCUGGCGCUCUGCUUCACCCUCGCCUCGAGGCGACCACACGUCGGCGUCGAGGGCGGCGCGGAGUUCCACGUGCCCGGCUUCCCGGACGACGUGAGGAUCACCGCCGACGAGGUCCCGGACGCCGUGAUCCAGGGGGGCAACCCCGACGACCCGGUGACGCAGUUCCUCCACGACGAGGUCCGCGACUGGGACCACCGGAGCUGGGGCGUCCUCGUCAAUAGCUUCGCCGCGCUCGACGGCGACUACGCGGCCAUCCUCGAGUCGUUCUACCACCCCGGAUCCCGCGCGUGGCUCGUCGGCCCACUGUUCCUCGCCGCUGGCGAGUCGCCGGAGACGAAGCAGGAGGAAGACGACGACGACGACGACGACCCGGAAGGCUGCGUCGCUUGGCUCGACGAGCGGGCGGCGAGGCCAGGGUCGGUGGUGUACGUGUCGUUCGGCACGCAGGCGCACCUCCCCGACGCGCAGCUCGACGAGCUCGCGCACGGGCUAGUGGACUCCGGCCACGCCUUCCUCUGGGCCAUCGGCCGGUCCGGCGGCGAGUGGUCGCCGCCGGUGGACGCCGGCGGCGACGGGAAGAUCGUCCGCGGCUGGGUGCCACAGCGCCGCGUGCUGUCCCACCCGGCGGUGGGCGCGUUCGUCACCCACGCCGGCUGGAACUCCGUGCUGGAGAGCCUCGCCGCCGGCCUGCCGAUGCUGGCGUGGCCGGUGAUGGCGGAGCAGGCGGCGAACGCGAAGCUCGUGGCGGACAUCAUCGGGGCCGGCGUCCGCGCGGUCCGCGGUGGCGGCGUCGUCGUCGGGCGCGCGGAGGUGGCCGGCAAGGUCGGGCGGCUGAUGGACGGCGGCGAGGAGGGCCGCGCGAUCCGCGCCAGGGCCGAGGAGGUCCGGGAGGCGGCGCGCGCGGCGGUGGGAGAAGGCGGCGCGUCGCGGGAGGCGCUGCGGCGGCUGGUCGACGAGCUGCGGUCAAGCUACGUCGUCGCCGGCGACGGCACGGCGGCGGCGAGCUCGGCGAAUGGCGGCAGUGGCAAGUGUUGAGCGAACUGUAGAACACGUCGACACAGUGGUAACUGUGAGUGAUCGACGUCAUGUCAUUUUAAGUUUGAAUAAAAAUUAACUCUCAUUAAAUUUUAACUCA